UAUGCACUCUAAACACAGAGAUAGAAAGAGGAGAGAGAAUCGUGUGAUAUUAGAAAACCAGGCAAGCCUUGAAAAAAAUAAAACAUAUUCAUUCUCAUUCCAAAAUAUUAGAACAACGUUAAUUUAUUUGCACAUUGGGAAGCCCUCCAUGUGUUUUUUUCUUGUCUUUGGUUUAUUCCUUAACUAAAAACCAAACACAAGUACCCCUGAAAGAGUGAAAAAGGACAACAAAAAACCCAUGUAUUUUCUCUCUUUGGCUCUGAUGUUUUUUUGAAUUGUUUGGGUUUUUUAGAUUGGGAUGGAUUCUGGGAUUGAAAUCAAGGUGAUGAAUCCAAGGAGGGGAGACAAUUUGGUGCAUCCUGUGGGAGUAGGACAUGCCACGUCAGCAUCAUCAGCACCACUGUCAUCCACGUCAUCGCCGCUGCCUGAUGAACGGGGGCUGCGGCAGCAGCAGCAGCAAGAGCAGGGGCUGAGGCAAGGACAGCAAAGGCAAGGGUUGAUUGAUUUUAAGCCGCUUAAAAAGUGGGUGCCUUGGAUUGUUCCAGGCUUUGUUUUGGCUAAUAUAGUCGUUUUUGUAAUAACCAUGUUCAUUAAUGAUUGCCCCAAGAACUCGGUUUCUUGUGUGGCAGGGUUCUUGGGAAGAUUCUCUUUUCAGCCAUUGAAAGAGAACCCUCUCCUUGGCCCUUCUUCUUCUACAUUAGAGACAAUGGGUGCUCUAGAAGUGUCUAAAGUUGUCCAUAGACAUCAGGCAUGGCGCCUGAUAUCUUGUAUAUGGUUGCAUGCUGGGGUUUUCCACAUACUUGCCAAUAUGUUGAGUCUCGUAUUCAUUGGAAUUGGGCUUGAGCAGGAAUUUGGGUUUGUGAGAAUUGGGUUGGUUUAUCUAAUUGCUGGUUUUGGUGGGAGUUUGAUGUCAUCCCUUUUUAUUCAGACUGGUAUAUCAGUUGGCGCAUCUGGUGCACUUUUUGGUUUAUUAGGAAGCAUGCUUUCGGAACUCAUCACAAACUGGACAAUAUAUGCAAAUAAGUUAGCGGCACUGUUGACUCUCAUUUUGAUUAUCGUAAUAAAUCUAGCCAUGGGAAUCCUCCCCCAUGUGGAUAACUUUGCUCAUAUCGGGGGAUUUCUUUCUGGAUUUCUCCUUGGAUUUGUGUUUCUAAUUCGUCCCCAGUUUGGAUAUGUUAGUGAGAAGCAUGUUCCUCCAGGAUAUAUUGCAGCCUCUCGCAAACCUAAACACAAGCCAUACCAGUAUGUCCUGUGGGUCAUCUCUCUGAUACUAUUGAUUGUUGGAUACACUGUUGGCCUAGUUCUGCUCCUUCGGGGGGUCAACUUGAAUGACCACUGUUCUUGGUGUCAUUAUAUGAGUUGCAUCCCGACUUCAUUGUGGAGCUGCAAAUCACAGCAAGCGUAUUGUGAGUCAAUCCAAUAUGGGAAUCAGCUGAACUUGACAUGCAUAAGCAAUGGAAAAAGCAACAUCUAUACAUUAUCAGGUGAAAGACCUUCCCAGGCUCAACAGCUAUGUUCUAAUCUCUGCGGUUGAUGCAGGUGCAUGUACAUGAUCUUUGGAAAAUAUUCGAGCCUCAACUUCAUUUUCGACGUAUUAGAUGGAAAUAAUUCUGCAUUGACAAUUUGGGAAACCAUAAUAUUUCAAUUGUAUUAGGGAGGAUUUGUUUUCCAACAAGAUGAAAAGAAGGCAUUCCUUUAAUUAUUUAUCUUCGAUUCAAAUUACUUCUCCAAUUGCACUUGGCUUAGAAUUUUCAGGACAAUGGCUGUUCAUUUUAUUCCCAUAUUCUUACGCAUAAAGGUUUUUCUUUAAGUAUAUUUAUGGGAUAGAGCAUCAAUUCAUUUCAAAUUUACUAUCCACUUGCACUAAUACUAGUCGUUUUCGUAUCCAAUACCAAACAUUUUCAUACGACAAUUAUGGGAUAGUGGUAUGGUAGAAAAAUGUGUUAAUUAAAUUUAUCUUUUGUGAGAACUCACUAUACUUUU